AUGGCGUUAAUUUCAGCAAAAGAGACGAUGUCUGACUUACACCAACCUGCAGCUGGAAUACCACCCGAAGGAGUAGAGCAAGACUUCAUCGACCCAUAUUCCCGAGCACCAAUGGUAGUCGGAUUUUGUAUCGCUCUCAUCAUCUUGACAGUCCCCAGUGUCGCUACAAGAAUGUACGUCAGAAUUCGAAUAACGAAAAACGUCGGACUAGACGACUGGGUCGCUCUUUUAGGCGCUAUUCUCGUUGUCACUUUCACCGGAUACUCGAUCUGGAUCUUUUCACUUCCCGGCAAUGGACCACAUUCAUGGAAUAUACCUCUCAGUGUGUACACAGCCCCGGAAUCGAAAUAUUUCUUGAGGAUGCUGUUCACUCAAAUCUUGUAUCCCAUCUCGUCGUACGUCGUUAAGUUGUCGUUGCUGUUGUUCUAUGGACGAACCUUUGUUACUGGAGCAGGAAAUCAAAUGGCGAAAGGAUUCAUAUACUAUGGUGUCGCAGUACUGACAAUCGUCUAUGGCGUCUUUAUUAUCUUGUCGCUUGCAUUUUGUGCGCCAGACCCCAACUUGACUGAUGAAAAUGGAGCGUGCUGGAAGAAGGGUGGUCCUGUCUCGUGGCUGCUUUCGGCAACUAAUAUCAUCAGUGACCUAUACAUAUUAGCCAUUCCUGUUGUCAUUGUUUAUGGGUUGAAUAUGAGUGUCCAAAAGAAAUUGGGUGCAAUAGCAAUUUUGAUGAUGGGUUUGAUCGCUACUGUUGUGAGCAUAUUGAGUCUGAAGUAUCGUCAGAGGAUUGCUACGCAAAAUGACAUAUCCUGGGAUAUGGUUCCAUCAGCAAUUUGCUCGCUCGUCGAGGUCAACCUCGGCGUCAUUUGCUGCUGUCUGCCGGCUUUGGCAAUAUUUUUCAAAAGCACGAAAUCUGCAGUGUCGAGGAAAGGAAGCAAUUUUGCCAACAUCCGUGCUCACAAGCAGAUCCCAGAAGUACCCGAGUCACUGACUGGUGUGAGAGUUACUUAG